AUGACCGUCAACUUCCUUGCUCUGGACUUUAACUUUGUCCUUGGAACUUCGGAUUCGGAUUCAACGGCAGCCGAAGGCAUCCAGACAGCUAUUGUGGGGGACGUCAGCUAUCUGCUGCGCCUGAACGUGGACUGUGCUCGAGAGAAUCUCGAUGAUGAUGAUAUCUCAGCUAGAGGCACCACAUGCAGGUCGAACCGGCCGUUUCAGAACAUCAACUUCUUCCAAGAAUCUCGGCAACUUUGCACAGAUAUCUCGGCAAUCCUUCGCAGUCACAGCCGAAUUGAUGCCAAGAGCUUGGAUGAGCUCAACUUGACAGAGCCUUGUGAACUGCUAGUUCUUGAUCUACCGGCUAGCCAAGCUACCGGCGAAUUUAUGCCCUCCCUUGCCUGGCCUAUCAUGUAA